AGGAGGAGGAGGAGGAAGGAGGCCGGGCCGUCCUCGAAGGGGCCGGGCCGGAGCGGAUCGGGUGGCGGCGGCGGCGGCGUCGGGCUCCCUCCCCUAUUGUCCCCGCUCGGCCCGGGACUGGCUCGGGCGGCCGCCGGGGCGCGCUGGCAUCGCGGCGCCAUGGUGGCCCGGAGCACUGACAACAUCAACACCUCUGGAGAGGGACAAGUGCGCUCGUUGGGGAAUGCAUCCAACCACGUUAAGGGGAAGCCAACCAAGAGACUUUCCAUCACGCGGGGGCACUUCCCCAAGCUGACCGAAUGUGCCCAUUUUCACUAUGAAGCGGUGGACUUUGGACACAUCCAGCUACAGUUUGUGCCUGAGCAGAAUGACAACCUCAGCAACUUGGACGAGGGAGAGCUGCUUUUUGCCAUUCAAGUUACCUGCCAGGGGAAGAGCUGGCAGGUGCAUCGCAGCUAUGAGGAAUUCCGCACGCUGGAUGCCCACUUGCACUGCUGCAUCUUUGACAGGCGCUUCUCCCAGCUUCCCGAGCUGCCUCCCUUCAGCCACAUGAGGGCCAACCCAGAGCUGCUGGUGCCCAUGCUUACACAGUACUUAGAAAAACUCUCAGCCAUUGUGGACAGCAACAUCAAUUGUGGACCCAUCCUUACCUGGAUGGAGAUUGAUAACCAUGGCAACCGCCUGCUGGUCAAUGAGGAAGCCUCUAUCAAUGUUCCCGCCAUUGCAGCUGCCCAUGUCGUCAAACGGUACACGGCGCAGGCGCCUGAUGAGCUCUCCUUUGAGGUUGGAGACAUCAUCUCUGUGAUCGAUAUGCCCCCCAAGGAAGACAGGAGCUGGUGGCGUGGGAAACAUGCAUUCCAGGUUGGCUUCUUCCCCAGUGAGUGUGUAGAGCUGUUCUCGGAACGUCCGGCAUCAGGACUCAAAGCAGAUGCUGAAGGGAUGAGCUGCAGUAUCUCCAGACCCCAUGGCCUCCUUUCCCCCACUUCAGUGUCCAAGAAGCAUGGCAAGCUGAUCGGGUUCCUCCGCACUUUCAUGAAGUCCAGGCCCAGCAAGCAGCGUCUCAAACAGCGUGGGAUCCUCCGGGAGAGGGUCUUUGGCUGUGACUUGGGCGAGCACCUGAAGAAUGCUGGCAAUGAUGUCCCCCAGGUUCUGCGCUCCUGCUCUGAGUUCAUUGAGAAGCAUGGCGUUGUGGAUGGCAUCUAUCGCCUCUCGGGGGUCUCCUCCAACAUUCAGCGGUUGCGGCACGAGUUUGACAGCGAGCGGGUGCCCGAGCUCUCCAAGGACGUGUACCUGCAGGACAUCCAUUCCGUCAGCUCUCUCUGCAAGCUGUAUUUCCGGGAACUGCCAAACCCGCUGCUCACCUACCAGCUCUAUAACAAGUUUGCGGAGGCUGUGUCCGUCUCUGGGAAUGAGGAGCGCUUGGUACGCGUCCACGACGUCAUUCAGCAGCUGCCUCCACCACACUACAGGACCCUGGAAUUCCUGCUCCGGCACCUGGCCCGCAUGGCUAUGCACAGUCAAAACACCAGCAUGCAUAUCCGCAACUUAGCCAUCGUUUGGGCACCCAACCUGCUGCGUUCAAUGGCUCUAGAGUCCGUAGCGCAGUGUGGCGCCGAUGCCUUCCAGGAAGUCCGGGUUCAGUCCCUUGUGGUCGAGUUUCUUCUCAACAACGUUCAGGUUCUCUUCAGCGACACCUUCACCUCUGUCGGAAAGGACAGUGCAGGACGUUGCUUCCUUCCCCGACCCAAAUCUCAACUGGUGAGCUGCCCUUCCACCCGACUGCUGUCUCUGGAGGAGGCCCAGGCUCGCACUCAAGCCCUGUGCAAGAUCACCAAACCUGAGGCCAGGGACGAGUCCACCGAUCUGCAGGCACAGGGGAAAGUCUCCUCCAUACUGGGAUCACCUGACACCAGGCAAAAGGCAGAAAGCAACGGGAGGCUUCGCAAGACCUCGGGCCCAAGCUGGAAGGCAUUCUUCGCCAUUGGUAAGGCACCUGUCACAUUCCGCAAGAAAUCCCAUCGGCUCGGUGAGCUUUCUGGACUUGGAGAUCCUCUGCCAGGGGGCCAAGCUGAGACUGUCACCCUGAGGUCAGCUAAGAGUGAGGAGUCCCUGACCUCCCAAGCCAGCAUGACAGGUCUCCCCAAGCUGCCCUGCCUGCGACGCCCGCACUCUAGCAGCGAUGCCUUCCCCACCCUGAAGCCAUGUCGUUCAUGCUCGUCUCUGGGCUCCUCUGUGUCGGGCAGGGGGGACGGCCCAGCCGGGCCAGUGGACAUGAUCGCACGGCGCCGUUCUUCCUGGCUGGAAGCUGACUCGGAGCUGGACUCGGAGCUUGAGCUGAGUCCUCCCGGCCUCCGCGGCUUGGACUUUGACCCGCUGACCUUCCAAUGCAGCCCUCCCGCUCGGCGGUCCUCGCUGUCCGACAACUCCAGCACCCCGAGCCCCCUCAGGGCCCUCUCGCCCAGUUCUCCCCCUACAAUCGGCCAGGAUACAUCGGAGCCUUUGCCCGUCUCCCUGCCCAACAAAGUGCUGGAAAUGUUUGCUGGCGGCGAGGCCAAGGGGCUGGCUGUGCAUGCCUCGCCCCCGCACAUGAUCUCCAUGCUGCUGAGUGCUGCUGGGGGGCAGCUCAGCGACAGCUGCAAACGGGAAGUCCGCUGCAAGCUCCUGCAUGAGGCGCAAGAGGCCGUGUGGUGCCUCACAGUCCAAAGGCCGACGUGAUCCCCACAUCUCCCGGUGAGCUUUCAGUGUUCCGGCAUAUCCCCCCGCCUCCUCCUCCCAAGAACCCAGCUCGGAUGAUGGCGCUGGCGCUGGCCGAGAGCGCGCAUCAGGCAGUACUGCAGCAGCAGCAACAAGCCGGCCGCGGGAA